AGGCAAUCUUAGCACAUGAGGAGGAAUAUUGGUCGAGUGAAGGGAUACCAUUGCUCUAUAUCUGUGGCGAUAGAGAAAGGACGUAGAACAGUCUCUCGACAUGACUAUAGCUGACCCGUCCAUCGUCAAGGUCCUCUUCAUCGGAGCCGGCGAUAUCAACUUUGGCUGUGGCGAAGGUCCUUGGAACCACAGUAUCCGUCUAGAGAAAAUUCUGGGUUCGCGUCUGCACGUCCUCGGUGUAGUGGAUCCCAAUCUGUCCAGAGCAGAGUCCCAAAUCGGAGCCAAGCGGGCCGACCCAAAGACGCACGCCGCUUGGGCGGGGGCUACCGUCUUUCCCAACGUACCACAUGCUGCCGCUGCUCUCGAGGCGCAUUCGAUCACAUUGAUUGUCAAUGGCUGUCCUCCGCCCUUCCGUGGCACUACCCUAAAGGGCAAAGACCUCGACAUGCAGCUGAUGAAGCACUUCCCAGAUGUACGAGGGCUGCUGAUCGAGAAGCCCAUUUCUUCAUCUGACCCUGCCCAUUUCGAUCUAGAGACAGUCGCUUUCGGGCUCAGAGAAUGGCAGGCCAAGCCCUCUGUCCUGUCAGUGGGAUACAUGCUAAGGUACCUCUCUCCUGUGGCUAAGAUUCGCUCUGUCCUGGCUGAACACAAUCUCGUGCCCAUGUGCGUCAGCGCAAGAUAUUUCAUGGCCUACCCUCUAGCAGUCAAUGCCCAAUGGUGGACCAAGAGCAUCUGGGGAGGACCUGUAGUGGAACAAGCGACCCACUUUGUCGACCUCGUCCGCUUCCUCGCCGGCAGCGACGUAGGAAACGAGGUGGUCAUGGACACGGUGCAGGCUUCGAGCGUAGAGUGGGAUGAGGACGCCGGCGUAUUGGGGGCGCAGGGCUUCGAUGAGAGUUUGAUACAGGAGGAUCAGAGGAUACCAAGGUUGACCACGGCAUUUUGGAAGCACCAGAGAGGGACAGUGGCUACUUUGACACACGGUGUAGCUUUGCAAGGAGCUGAAUAUUCAACGGAGAUCGAGAUCUUAGCCGACGGAUGGCGCUUUAAACUUCAAGAAGCGUAUUCCACAUGUCCAACGCUUACGAUCCGCUCGCCCGCAUCCAACGACGACACCAUCAUCGAGUACCCCAACGAGGAUCCAUUUGCAACUGAGUUCCAAGUCAUUGUAGACGCACUCGACGGUCAGAGUGACCAGCAGCCCCUCAGUAGCUGGACGGAUGCAUUGCAGACGUACAAGCUGACCUGGGCAAUCAGGAGGGCCAGCGAAGAGACGCGGCGAAGAAAUAAGGGCACUCGCCAUAAUGGAAGUGCCACUAAUGGCACCUCGUAGACUUUCGUAGAGCAUAGAUGUCCGUCGCAAGCUUCUCCGAUAUAGACCAAGAAUAAGCUGAGAUCAAUGACCUUUCGCAUUCCCGAUGUUAC